AUGGAUCAGUUUGUUUUCACUGAAGGAGCUGGUGUGUUGCCUGAUGGUCCACUGAAUGCAGCUGUAGGAGAAAAGGUGAUGUUCACCACAACACUGACUCCAACAGAAACACCGUUUCUAACUGUGGACUGGAAGUUAAAUAUCUCUAAGAAUAUAAUAACCUCAACUAACUUAGCAAACAAUACUGGACCAGGCUAUGACGUUAGGAUCACCUUCUUCCCAUCUACUGGGUCUCUGCAGCUCAGGAGUCUCACUCUCGAUGACACUGGAGAAUACCGUGUUAGCAUUACACAAGCUGAUGUCACAAACCAUGUUGGACAUACAACUUUGGAGAUACACGAGAAAGUCUCCAAUGUGUUGGUAACUUCCAGCAGCACAGACUUGGUUGAGUUCAGUGGUUCUGUCUCUCUGUCCUGCUCUGCCUCUGGAUCUCCCACCUCUUUCCUCUGGUUGAACGGCAGCUCUGAGGUUACAGCAAGUGACAGAGUUCAGCUCACUGAUGGAGGCUCCAGUCUGACUAUAAUCAUUGUGACCCGCUUUGACCAGGGACCAUUCAGGUGUAAUGUGUCUAAUCCUGUCAGUACUGGUACCAGUGAUCCAGUAAACCUCUCCAUCAGCUAUGGUCCAGAAAAUGUAAAUUUGAUAUUAUCUCCAUCACAAGAAUACUUUGCUGUAGGGUCAGACAUCAGCCUCACCUGUUCAGUUGGAUCCAGACCUCCUGCCCAGUUUAACUGGUUUCUGAAUGGAGAUCAGCUGCCUGACACUGGAUCAGAGCUCAGACUGAUGAAUGUUCAGAUGAGUCAGAGUGGAAACUACAGCUGUCAGGCCUUUAACAACAAAACUCUGAGAUCUCAAACAUCUCAGCUUUCAACCAUCACUGUACUGGCUGAGGGGACCUCUGUCAGCUUAAUCUGUGAGGCUUCUGGCUCAGUCUUUACCAGAAACUGGAUGAAGGAUGGCUCCAAACUGACCCUGACUGACAACAUGACCCUUUCUGACAAUAACAGAGUUUUGACUUUUAACAUUUUGAAGAAGAAAGACCAAGGAGAAUAUUUUUGUAAUAUCAGCAACCCCGUCAACAGUGAUGGAGCGACAUAUGUUCUGAUUGUUAACUGUAGACCAUACAGUGUCCACAUCUCUGUGGAUGCUGCGUGGAUUCAGUCUCAGAUUCAAGAUUCAGAUUUGGAGAUGCUGAUUCUCAUUCAUACUAAGCUACGAAUAGCUCCAGUGCAAGAUGGAGGUCAAUAG